CCAUUAAUAUUAUUAUUAAUUAUGUAAGUAUCGCAGUCACGGCGAACACGUGCGCCGCGUUGAAUGUUCGUCACGGACCGGUGCUGAACAGUGAACACUGCGAUUGGCGUUUGCAGGCAUGUCGGACGACGACCUUGGUGGAUAUGGCACUCCUCCUGUCCGUCAAGCGAAAACUCGUGUUUCUCGCUCGCAAGGGAACCAAGUUGCAGGCCCCUCUAAACCUAGCUCUAGAUCAAGGCAAAAACUGGUUGAACUUCAUCAUCAUGAAGUCAUCGAUGUUGACAAUGGCCAGAACGAGGAUGAGCUUGGAUCGACGACGUCGAUCCCUACCGCUCGCGGGAUCCAUGUAGGUCGCAACAAUACGAAAGUCAAGCCCAAGUCCGCCCGAGCAAAGGGAAAGGCCAGAGCACAACCUCUAAACUCGAAUGGGAACAUGGGGGGACCUGGUGACGAUGAGUUGCAGGUUGUGGAAGAAUCAGAUUAUGAAAUGGGUGGAGAACUUAAUGUCGGAACUUCUCGGUCAACGAUGGUAGUAGGCGAAGCGGUUGAACGCAAGCAAUAUAACGAGCUUGAAAAACGUCUCAAACGAGAAAUAAAAGGCCGCGAGGAGAUGGAACAACGCUGCGAAGAUUUGACAAAGCAACUCGAGAAGAUUAUGCGGGUGAGAGAGACAGAAGCCGAGGCUCUCAUGCUUGCUCAAAAGGAACAGUUUGAGGCAGAGAUCGCAGCCCUUGAAAGGGUUAACAAGGAGUUGACAACGAACCUUGCUAAAGUUGAACCCCUAAUGCGUUCCGGUAAAACUUCCGUCCUUCAUCUUCUUACACGUGAAGCCGCGGAUGAGGAGAAUCGGAAGAUUGAAAAUGAAGUAUUGGCCUGGCGGCAACAAUUCGAGGAAGCACAGGAAAUAAUCAAAGAGAAAGACCAGUUGAUCAAAGAGAGUGCACAACGAGAGAAGGAGGUCGUUUUUGAGCUGGAGGUAGAAAAGAAAAAUUUCCUGGCGUACAAAGCCAAGACACAGCAUGGCUCUGUCCGCCCACAAGGCGAUGUACUUGGAUCUGACAAACCGCAGAAUCUUCAACUCGUGCGGUUAUACGAAGAUUCAACGAAUUUGCUCAUAGUGGGAUUGAAACCCCAACGUUCACAGUACCUCAAUUUUGAUGACUGGACCGCGACUUGUGUCUUUACUUACGUGUCUAGCCACGAUGCGAAAAGACAUAGUCUGAACUUUAUGUUGAUCUGUCGUUGGGAGAGAAUAGAUCUUGAAGACGAUACACCGGUCAAGAGCAAGAAUCAGCUCCACGAGAUGAUGUACUACGAACCUCUUGAACUGGACAAGGAGUCUGAAGAAUUCAUUGAACGCUUGCAACAUAUGGGGACCGCUUUCUCGUUUACCCGGGAUCAGCUAGCGUUGUUUUUGCGUACGCUUUACAACACCCUCGACGAGGCUCUUCAUGCAGGCCCGGAAGUUCCAGAGGAAGAAGUCGAUGUGGAAAUCAUCGAAUAAUUAUAUACACACUCUAGAUGUAUGAUAUACUCCACCGGUGCUUCACUGACGAUGCGAUGCUGAGGAAUACGCAACAGCUUCACAACUAACUAUAAGAAAGAGCACCGAAACACACUAGAUAUCUCGGCCAUUCGUGGAGCCAUGCAUCGUCGGAUAUCGAUUGUCCUGGUAUUGAAGCUGGGUGCGGCGACUUUGGAAAGGCAGGGUUUACGUGAUUAGGGAAACGGUCUAAUAGAUAUUGAUGAGGAUUAGCGAAGAAUAUAUUGGUUUGAUCGCGAUAUGCGCUGAGAUUUUGGUUG